GAAACAUGGGGAUGUUACCUCCCCUUGGACCUGAACAAUAACCUACAGGCUCACUUAAAUCUAAAUGAAAUUAAUUAUUUAUUUAUAUUUGUAAAGAUGUCAGGACUCAAAAGAGUUCAAAAUGUGCUUAGAGCUUUUUAACAUUUUGUUGACAUAUUUCCUGUAUUUUCUGUUUGUAUCUUAACGUACAAAACUGUGCGUUUAUAGCAGCCUGAUUUAAUGGACAUACAUUUUCAUUAUAGCAUUUAUUUUACACAUUUAAAAAAAUAUACUAGUAAUCAAUCAAAUUUAGCCAAGGACAAAUGUUUUCCAAACAUGUCAGGUGGGAAGAUGGAAAUGUGUUAAAUGUGUUCAAAAUUAUGAUUAUUUGAGUUUUUUUUAACCAUAAUUUCCGUCCUACACAAAAAGAACAAUGCAUAGACCAAUAAAGAAAUUAAACAAACUACAGUGUAAUUGGGUAGGUAUGGUUUCAUUUUAUAAGUAACAUGGGAAACACUAUAAUCACUAUAAAUGUAUAUACAAGCUAAGAAUGGCUAUUGAAAAUUUUUUCCAUAUAGUUUUCCCAGACAGUGUUUAUAUUAAUCCAGGAGUAGACGUUAGUUAUAUUAUGACAUUUUACAAACAUAUCUUACAAAAAACAUUAUUGGACAAACAAUGGCACUAAUAUUUUAACAAAUGUGCAAGCGUUUUUUUAAAUUAAGGCAGCUCAAACAUGCAUUUUUGUAUGGGACUAGGAUAAGUCCUGUCCAGGAAACCACCCUAUUGGUUCCUUUUAUUAUCAAAAAGAAAAUCAUAAAAGAAAGUCAUAUUUGAAUCCUAUGAGUCAAUGAGAACAACUACACCUUCUUGAGUCAUCAAUGUGGCAAUUUUGUAUACACUAAUUAUUUACAAUUCCAAGCACCACAAAUGCUUUAUUUUGUAAUUAAAAACAGUUUUUUCUACAAUUUAAAAUCUAAUGACAUAUCUGUCAAAUAUGAUGUAAAUGGCAAAGAAACCUAAAAUUGUGAAUAAUAAUUAUAAAAUAUAUAAUGAAAGCAGUUGUCCCCCAGAGUUGUGUCAUGGUGUUAUCGUUUAACAAAAAUCUCUUUAUUUUAAAAUAAAAAUCACACUGAUCCCAGCAGGCAUUUCAACGUUCAUAACGAUCACGGACAAGGUUGAAUCAACGUUGAAUUACCCUUUGAUUUUGCAAUUUUUUUUAAAGUUGAACAACAACUGACAUUAUUUCAAUCAAAUUUCAAUGUUGAUUUUUAAGCAUUUUAUUAACCUUUUGCAACCAUUAACCAUUCAUCGUUGAACAAACAACUGACCUUAUUUCAACCAAAUUUCAACGUUGAAGGUCGGUCAUAUGCCUGCUGGAAUGACAUUACUUGAUUAUUCGUCCUAUUUCCUGAAGAUCUAUAAAAAAUACCAAUGUUAAGUCCGCUGUAUCUUUUCAUUUAUCAGAAAUCUUCUUAUUUGUUUCAUGAUUUUAGUCACUGGUAUGAUCUACUUUAUAGCAACCAUUUGGUAAAACUGAUUUUUCAUGAAAACUGUCACUGGUGUUACCAUCCUAAGGGGUAAUACCACUUUAAUAAAUGCACCAAAAAUAUUUAAAAAAUCAUUAAGCUUCUUAUCAUUAAUUAAUGUGAAUUCAUAAAUGCAAAGGGUAAUCUAAUAAUGUGGUUUAAAAUAAAUACAUACAUUUAGCGCCAUAAACUUAUGAGGUGUUCCACCACCUCUGAAACUUCCCUGAAAAAUCGAUCUGUUCUGGGACUUCCAUUCUUCUGGACUACAAUUCCCACAAAGGUCGGAGUUUACGGGUGACGUCACAAAGUCCGCAUCCCUCUGUUAUGGUGGCCUUGCACGUCUUGCAUAGCGAAAAAUGAACGUAAAAACAAUGAAUUAUUAAGAAACCGCACAGCAGAUGUGAUGCCGGAGGAAGACACCAAAGGCUGGAGAUCCUUCUUGGAGCUUACAUGAAUAUUCAAUGAGAAAAUUGAUAUAGCAUCAAAAUCUGAGCAUCAUGGAACUUACUAAUCACGCAGUCACCGAUUCACUUCCUGCUGAAGCAAAUCUGGACAAUGGAUCGCUUUCAUUGUCAGAGCAUCUUUCUUCCUCUGAGGCACUAGUAGAUCCUCUUGUACAUGGAAUAGAGGUUACAGAGGAUACGGCACAAAGCAAUGGUCUCGGGUUAAAACUUAACCUCUAUGUUCCAGCACAUCCAUUAAUAGAACCGAUAUCUCCUGCAGAGGUAACCAUUGAGCAGUGUGUGCUUCCCACAGCAUUUCAAGAGACCGGCCCACAACCUGAAGCCACUGAAGAGAAAACGCAUGAAACUGGUGACCUCACAGUCAUUCCUCCUGAUACUCAAUCGAGUCAGAUUGAGCCGAACUCAGAUAUUCUGACAGAAUCAGCACCCAACAAUACGAGUUUAUCAGACUGCAGUCAAGAAUGCUCGUCUGAAUGUUCAACAGACUUUAAAGAAACACAAAACGAUUGUGUUGCGGUGAAAGAAACCAUUCAAGGCACACACGAAAUAACAUCUGAUCCUGAUCUCUCCAAAGAGCCAAGAUGUGAAUCAGACUCCCCCACUAAUGUAUCCAGUGUAUGCACACAAGACGGCAUUAGAAAGAACAUCCCUCCAAAGAAAGACAAAUAUGCCCCACUGAAAAUCAAAGUGAUGCCUCUCACCUCAUCUCAGAUCUCCCUACAAUGCCAGGAAUGUCACAUCAUCUUUCAGGACCACAAAAGCAAAGAACGGCACAUCAAAAUAAGCCAUCCUGCAGAGUACGCGCAAUGCAUGCUGGCGGAUGCACUCUUUGCCUGUUAUGUCUGUGAUAAGCAUUUCGCUUGCUCAGCAGAUCUCAAGGCCCAUCAAAGCACACACACAGAGAAAGAAAGAUUUAAGUGCCCUCUCUGUGAUGAGGCCUUCACAAGAUCUUGUGAGCUAACAAGUCAUAAGAAAGUUCACUUUAACAAACAAGGUUAUUCCUGCUUGGAGUGCGGCAAGCUUUGUAAAACCCUUUCACUGCUUACAUACCACCAGCGAGUGCAUGGCGAAAAGCCUUAUGUUUGCAAACAGAAUCACUGUGGCAAGAAGUUCACUACAGACAAAUCUCUAAAGAAACAUCAGGAAAAGCACAAAGAGGGGGAUAAAGAGGGUCUGGCUGACCUGAAAAAUGCCUCGGACGCCACAAAGAAACGGAAGAAUAAAGGAACAAAUGAACGGAAAUACAAAUGUUUACAUUGUGAUGCAGUCUUCAAGACUUCUAAAACACAACUUCUUCACAUAAAAAACCAACACUCUCAAGAAAAAGUCAUGCAGGGUCAAAACAAGACUGUGUCCGUGUUACAAACAAACCCAGCGGGACUUAUAAUAACCCAGACGACACAUGGACAUCCACAGACAAUGCCUACAGAAGGUGGUGUGCCGAUAACACAGCAAAUAGAUGUGCUGGAUGCUGAGGAAAUUAAAAGAUUGAUCGAGAAAUUGGAUAAUGUAAAAAAAGUGAAUCAAUUGGUUAUACUGCCUUUUCAGACACAAGGAUUAAUGAAGCCACUGCACUUAGAUUUUACCCAGUCGACAGAUCAGCCAACAGAAUGCAUGCAAACUGACACAGACCCAGCAAAUGAGCAAAAUAAUCAACAUGUAUCAACAGAGAUGGAAGAUUUGCAGCAAAAUGAAACUGUGGUUCUGUCACAGGUGGAAAAUAUUAUUUCUUCAGAAAACUCAAGACUUGAAACUCAAUUGGCACCUGCGGUAUUGACUGAGGCACAGUCUCAACUUGAUGAAGUUUAUCUUGAUCUCAUACCAGUUCAGACUGAAACUUCGGUUUUACUGGAUCAAACGCCUUUACAGGUACAAGUGUCACAGAGUGAUGCAGUUUUUGAGCAGGCACACACUGCAGAGUUCCAGCACAUUCCAGUUACACAAGACAGCUUAGCUUUGGAGACAACAAUUGAAUCGCCCCUUAUUCCACUAACUGAAACAGAGAAGUGUCAAAAUGUUGAGGAGAAUAAUGCAUCGCUAACUUAUGAUGUAACAAAUGCAUCCCUAACAAAUAAUGUAACAAAUUCAUCGCAAACAAAUGCAUUGCUAACAAAUAAUGUAACAAAUUCAUCGCAAACAAAUGAUGUAGUAUCAGAGGAGGCUUUUAGCAAUGCAGACCUGCUGUGUUCUGGACAAAUACAAGAUUUAACUGACUUGGACUCACAGGUGCUAUGUGGGCCAACUGACACAACCAAGUUAGGUGAGCCUCAAGAACUUGAACAAAUCCAAGCUCAAAAGGAUCAAGUUGACCCGGAGAAAGAGCCAACCAUUGUGAAACCACAAUCUCAGACUAAGCAGCCUUCCCUUAAUAAUUUGCAGAACAGCACAUCAACAGACAUGCAGUCAAAACCAAGAAAAAAGAAAAAAUCCUCAAAACCGAAGGUAAUGACCAAACCAAACAAAACCAAAGUCAAACAAAAUCCAAUUUUGCAAAAAAGUGAGCAGGACCAGGUGGAUGUUUUGGCAAAGCAUGACAGUAAACAAUGCUUUAAACAAAAAGUGCCAAAAGAUAAAAAAGCAAAGGGGGCUGAAGGUAAAUCAGAGGAAGAAAUUAAGUCGACACAUCAAACAAAUUUUGUUAAAGACAAUGUUUCGGUGGUUCCCCAAGCAACCAAAACAAAACCUCAGAAAAGAAAAAUGACUCCGAAUCCGAGCAAUUUAAUCAAGAAGUCAAAGACUGUCCAGAACCAGAGCAAUUUAAUAAAGUCAAAGACCGUCAAGAAUCAGAGCAAUUUAAUACAGUCAAAGACUGUCCAGAAUCAGAGCAAUUUAAUAAAGAAGUCAGAGACUGUCCAGGAAGCUCAACAAGAUGAAACAUUGAUACCUGUGCAAAAGAAAAAGAAGAAAUGCAAGACACCUCAAGAAGAUUGCCCCAACCCUAUCCCGAAGGUUAAAAAACCCAAAAAGAAUGAAUUUCAGAAAAACAAUCUUAAAAUGCCAAAGCAAAAAGUAGCAAAAAAAAGUAGUCUUGAUGCUCCAGACCAAUGCCAAGUUGAGAAACAAGCUUUGCUCUUAUUGAAAGGGCACAAGCAGCCUCAGCUGAAGGUACACAAAUUGGAUGCCACCGAACUAGAAAAAUCACCCUCGAACAAGUCUGAUGUAAAAGAGCCUUCACUUUUGCAGGAACAGGAAAUAACGCCGAGCAAAUCAAUCAAAGUCACAAAACAAAAGAAAGCCAAAUUAACUACUAAAAAUAAAUUGUUAGAGGGUCAGGGCAAACACUUGCCUAUGGAAAAGUCUUCUGUUGACAGCAGCUUUACAUCUUCAGCGGCAAAGCCUAAGAUUUCACGGAAACGAAAAGCACCUACUAAAAUAGACCAAGAAAUUGCACUGAGCCCUCCGUAUUCCCGACUUACCCUGGGGUGUCAAGACUGUGGGACGACAUUCUCAGAGGUGUCCGCUUUACAGGAACACAUGGCAUCUUUUCACUCUGCUGAGAAGAUGGCUGUCCAAGAUGAGGCUGUUGGCGUUAGGAAGAAGAGUGACAUGCGAACUAAUGAAAAACAUUAUCAACCUAAUGUCUUUGAAAUCCAGGUAGCGACUGACUGGGAAAUGGGAGAGAUUUUGGGAGAUAGGGAUGAGCCAAGACUUUCAUUUCCAGUACUGAGUCCAUCUCCUUCUUUGACACUUCCCUCAAACUGUGUUGAAGGAAAGGAAAGUGAAGGAGGCAAAGAAGUUGAAGGAACUGUUUCUGGACCUGAGGAAACUUCUUCAGAGGUCUGCCAGGUGUCAACCCCAGCCACAGUCGAAAGUACUGCGCCACAGGAGGUCACAGAAAAUACUGAAAGUAGUGACAUUGUGGUAGACAAAGAACCAAGCGAAGAAGUAGGGCUCAUCACAGAAGUCAAAGAUCCAGUGGAGGAGGAAAUAAAGGAAGAGUUGCCCUUAGAUGUAAAUUUAGUCAUGGUUGGAGAUCAUAAUGAGGAGAAUGGGAUGAAUAUUCUUUCUAGUAUCUCCUCCCAAGAACAUGAAAUUGAAUUGAGCAAAUCUCAUCCAUGUUCUGAGCCUGAACAGACUGCAAAAAAAGCAGAUGUAGCAUUGACUGAAAAUGUUGUUACGGAAUCUGAGGUAAAGCAAGAAGAGGAGGAGACUCUUGUACAUAGAGCUGAUGAUCAAAAAAGAGGGAUGGGAAGAAGUUCUGCGAUAAGGGGGAAGAAGGGUGUUGCAAAAGGCCAAGGCAAAAGACUGGUUGGGAAAAAGACUAGCAAAGCAAACAGAAGUAAAAAGGACACGGAAGCAAAAAAGGAUCUACAGGAUUGCCAAGUUGUCUAUCAGUUCUGUGUACUCAAUGAUACUCCGGAGGUAAAGGACAAAGAAACAGACAUGAAUGGAGAUAAGGCCUCUGAAACCUGUCUACUGUCAUCUGCUGAGGAGAGUCCUGAGGAUCAGGUAGUGUUUGAGUUGGACUCUGUUACCACAAGUGUAACAGAGGUGAUGAAUUCUCAAGAUGGUUCAUUAAUUGAGACAUCAACAGAGCUGAUUCGAGAUGACAGAUCUCCAGGAAUCAUACUGGAAAAAUUCUUGACCGCUCGUGAGAGCCAGAAUCAGAGGACACAGGCUAAUUUAGAGUUGGACACCAGUGUGGCGGAUGUGAAAAUAGAAGAACGUUCUUCAAACCAGGCUCCUCACAGUCUAACAUCUGAGAGAAGAGUACAAAUGUUUUUGGUAAAAGCAGAGGAACACUUUGCUCUGAAUGAGCCAUUGAUGUUCCAGGCUCACCAGCCCACUGAAAACCAUCCUGUUUCAUGUCAAGAUGACACCAUUGAUAAGAACGGAGAUGGCAUCUCUUCUGACUCGCAUAUAGUUCCCCUGCACUCGUACAGCAAACAAUGUAUUUUUUACCCUGUUAAGGAGGAAGAGAAAGAACAUUUAGUGGAGUCUUCUCAUGCAGAUCAGAAGGGUUUGGAUUCAGAGGGGUUGGAAGGGGCUUCAUCUGCAAUAGAAGAAUGCGAGGAAAUUGCGAUGGAUUCGGUACAAAUGGAAAUGCCCCAUCUUUACACUAACUCUGAAGAGGGUGAUGUUAGUGCUGAACAGCAAAGCACACAGGGCUUCCUGGAGUUCCUUUCCCAGAAUUCAGACUCUGAUGAAUCUCCUGUUGUCCAUUCAGAGCCAGAAGCUGAAACCAUUUUGAUGUCCUGUUACCAUGGUAUACAGAGUAAUGCUACAGGACAUCAAAAUGGAGCUGAGAUAUGUGACCCUAGUGGCAGACAAAUUGCUAGUCCUUCUCAAUCAGGCCACAUAGAAGCAGAGGGACAGCCUAGUCGGAAGCCCAUUAACUACUUCAGCCAGUAUUUUAGUUGGAACACAUGGUCGGAAAUUGCUGUCUUUACCGGAGAAAUGUCAAAACUGCCGAACCCGGUUACAGAAAAAGAGGUUGCACAGUAUGUAGGAAUCCACAUAGCAAUGGGAACACUCAAGUUUCCUAGCACCAAGCUCUACUGGGAAGACUUCACCAGAGUCCCUCUUAUCUCCGAUGCCAUGUCGGCUUCAAGAUUCUGGGAGCUCACUCAUACACUGAAGCUCGCCAGCGCUGGUGGACCUUCUGUGGAAAAAAAUAGUGCUCAUCAAUCUCCAGAAAUGAAUGGAGACCCUUCCGAGCCAAUUAAUAAAUCUCAAAGUCAUGCCUUUUCAUGUGACACAUCCAGAAUAUUCUCCCAAUCAUGUAAAGAGGCACAUGAUCCUCUGUGGAAAGUAAUGAUGUUGAUUAACCGAGUACAAGAGGGGUGUCGGGCACUGAAGCGAAAUGGAAGUUUUGGGGUUGACCAGUACCCACUUCCUUUUCAAAGACACCCAACCCAUUCGUUACUUCACACAGUUGUGGUAAAUUGUGAAGGGUUGGUCGUGGACUUUAUCUUGAGUAUCGAUGACUCCAAUAGAGAAACUGUAGUUGAAAAAAUGGUCUCCAGAGGCAAGGACAGAAAUGAAGGGAUGGUGUUUCUUUGCAAGCCAGAGCUGUCCACACCUUCUAUGUUGGAGCAUCUUUUAGAAGUUGGCGUGCAAAGUGCUGGCAAGGUUGGUGGGGCAAGAGGGCAAAUUGGUGACGAGUUUGUGAGCUCGGAUGGUAAACUCAAGCUAUUCAGAUGUCAUCAUGGCUUCAUCCUUUCUGCGGUGGUAAAGGAAAAGCCACGCUCAACAUCUCUUGUCAGCGGCUUUGAGCGAGCGAUUAAGGCUGCGAAUCUGAACCGGGACUUGAGAAGUCUUUAUCGUACUCCGAGCACAAACUCAGCAGUCAGCGCUUGGCCACAGUCUGUACUCUGGGACUUAAUUGAUCUGGUAUUGGUUAACGCAUGGAUACAGUAUAAACAAGAUUACAGUCAUAUUGCAGAUUUGCCAUCACUUAUGGCAUUUCGUUUAGAGGUGGCCAAAGCUUUAAUCCUCUCUAGUGGUGUCGAUGCACAAGACUCAUCGCCCCCCUGCCCUCCUGCCCCAAAACAACAUGGUCCUGAUACAAGUUCAAGACCUUCUCCAGUUCUUGAGACCCCUUUGCCUGAUGUGGAUACUCGCUAUGAUGGUUUCGGACAUUGGCCAGAGCAAUUAGCAGAGAGUGAGGAGGCCAAGUGUAGGUUUGGAGGAUGCGGACGAACGUCGCGUGUGCGAUGUCUUAAAUGCUGUGUGUUCCUUUGCAUUUCUCGAAACCAUAAUUGCUUUCUUAAGUUUCACAGUCAGGGUGCUUUGUAAGGCCUACUUUCUGUGGACAUGUGGUCGUUAAAACAAAUUAGUUUAUUGACAAUUAAGUUAUCACUUACUAUGUAGAGCCAACCCUAUGUGUUUGUGUCUAGGGUAUGUAUAAUGUUAUAAUGAAAUUUUUAGUUUAAUGUUCAUUGAAUGUAAUGGUGUGUUCUUAUUUCCUAUUGAAGUUGUAUUUUAUAUGUAAUUUUAUAAUGCAUUUUAUUGUGUUCCACCUGUUUUAUGCAUUGUUAGAAUAUUAUUCAUUGUCCUAAAAGGAGAGCCAGUGUUCUGAAUGUGAUUGUGUUGCAAACGCACCUUCAAAUUAUUUGUACAAAAUAAAAAUGUUUACAUUUUACAGAAAUGGCCAAGUCUUCUUGCGAUGACCAAUGCUACCUUUUAAUUGUAGUCU